UUCUCAUCUUCCCACCAACCCCAUCUUCUGCUUAAAAACAAAAAGACAAAUCUCAAGAUUACCCGCAAAAGAAAGUUUCUUUACACUUAAACCAUUUCAAUACAAGAGCAAAACGUUUAUUUGAGAGUCAAACGAGUUAUUAGGCGGCUUUUGGAAAAUUAGCAUCCUUUUUCCAAAUAGUGGCAAGCUAAAUUGGUUGGUAAAUAUACCCCAACAAAACCAAUUCCAAUUGCUUCAAAUCAUAUUACACCUAAAAUCAUCGUCAUCUUCUUCUUCAACGUAAAAACACCACAAAGAAAGAAAAAGGGAGCAUUUUUGUAGAGAAAUGGCGAAAGUGAGUAAAAUUUCUAAUACAAAUACAUUUACUUUCCCCAAUCUCUCAAAACCCCAAAUACCCAAAUCAUCUCUAUCUUCAGUUUCAUUUAGAUCACAAAUUAAUGGGUCUUCUCUUUCUUGGGGUUUAAAACAAUGUCAAAGAAAAGGUGACUUUGCAGUUAGGGUUGCUCCUCUUCGAGUUUCAGCUUCAGUAGCAACAGCAGAAAAGCCGUCAACGGCACCAGAAAUAGUGUUGCAGCCCAUUAAAGAAAUAUCGGGUACUGUCACAUUGCCGGGUUCUAAGUCACUUUCCAACCGAAUUCUACUUCUCGCUGCUCUCUCUGAGGGUACAACUGUUGUUGACAACUUGCUGAAUAGUGAUGAUGUUCGUUAUAUGCUUGGUGCGCUGAGAACACUUGGACUACGCGUGGAAGACAAUAGUGAACUCAAAAGAGCUAUUAUAGAAGGUUGUGGUGGUUCAUUUCCAGUGGGUAGAGAAUCAAAAACUGAUGUUGAACUUUUCCUUGGUAAUGCGGGAACAGCAAUGCGUCCAUUGACAGCUGCAGUUACUGCAGCUGGUGGAAAUUCGAGCUACAUACUUGAUGGGGUACCACGAAUGAGAGAGAGACCAAUUGGGGAUCUGGUUGCUGGUCUUCAGCAGCUUGGUGCAGAUGUUACCUGUUCUUCUACAAACUGCCCCCCUGUUCGUGUAAAUGGAAAGGGAGGCCUUCCUGGGGGAAAGGUUAAACUUUCUGGAUCCAUCAGUAGUCAAUACUUGACAGCUUUGCUUAUGGCAGCUCCUUUGGCUCUCGGAGAUGUAGAAAUUGAAAUUAUUGAUAAACUGAUAUCCAUUCCUUAUGUCGAGAUGACUUUGAAGUUAAUGGAACGCUAUGGAGUCUUUGUAGAACACAGUAGUAGCUGGGAUCGUUUCUUCAUUCGAGGAGGUCAAAAGUACAAGUCUCCUGGAAAUUCUUAUGUUGAGGGUGAUGCUUCAAGUGCCAGUUAUUUCCUGGCUGGUGCAGCAGUUACUGGUGGAACUAUCACUGUUGAAGGUUGUGGAACUAGCAGUCUACAGGGAGAUGUGAAGUUUGCUGAGGUUCUUGAGCAAAUGGGAGCUAAGGUUACAUGGACGGAGAACAGUGUUACUGUCACUGGACCACCACGAAAUUCUCCUACUCAAAAACAUUUGCGGGCGAUUGAUGUCAAUAUGAAUAAAAUGCCAGAUGUUGCUAUGACGCUGGCUGUGGUUGCGCUUUUUGCUGACGGCCCUACUGCCAUAAGAGAUGUGGCAAGUUGGAGAGUGAAAGAAACAGAACGGAUGAUUGCAAUUUGCACAGAACUUAGAAAGUUGGGAGCAACAGUUGAGGAAGGACCAGAUUACUGUGUGAUCACUCCACCGGAGAAACUAAAUGUGACUGAGAUUGACACGUAUGAUGAUCACAGAAUGGCCAUGGCAUUCUCACUAGCUGCCUGUGGAGAUGUUCCAGUGACAAUCAAGGACCCUGGUUGCACGAGAAAAACUUUCCCAGACUACUUUGAAGUCCUCCAGAGGUUCACUAAGCAAUAAGCUACACUUCAACAUUCAUAUUUAAUACGAGAGCCAUUUGGUUAUCAACCAUUGUCACACAACCAUGACGGUGCAGAAGCAACCCAAUAGUAAUUUUUUCUUUUUACCCAUAAAUCACGUUGUAAUCUCCGAUAAUUCAUGCGAGGUGAGUUGAUAGUGUCAUUGUAUUCUGGACUUGGUUCUUCAAUUUUUCUACUUAGCCGAUGUUUAUCUAGACAAUUGGUAUCCAAAUGAAUCCAAGUUACGAAUGAAUGAGUUAAUGAAUGCUUUGUGUUA